UGGUCUGGGCGAGCUCGGGCUGCGCCCUGCCUAUGCCGUCGACGCGCUGCUGCGUAGUCACCGAUCGCGAGCAGCCAAAGGUGGGACGAUGCGAGCGAGGUGCGUAGGACGGAAGCGAUAAGGAGGUAGACUGCCGAGGGACCAGGUAUCGGGCGGCUUUGUUUCGGGCGACGGGAAAAUGUCGGGUCGAGUCAGACCCGGCUACUGCCGCCAGGACGUCAACAAGACCACAUGGGAAGUACCGGAGCGGUACCGGGAGCUGAAGCAGGUGGGGACGGGGGCGUAUGGGACAGUAUGCUCAGCUGUGGACUCCAGAACGGGGUCCAAAGUGGCAAUCAAGAAGCUUCACAGGCCGUUCCAGUCAGAGCUCUUUGCCAAAAGGGCCUACAGAGAGCUGAGGCUUCUUAAACACAUGAAACACGAAAAUGUGAUAGGCCUGUUGGAUGUAUUCACUGCUGACCUUUCUCUGGACAGAUUCCAUGAUUUUUAUCUGGUGAUGCCAUUCAUGGGAACAGACUUGGGGAAGCUAAUGAAGCUACAGAAACUCUCAGAGGACAAAGUCCAGUACCUGGUGUACCAGAUGCUGAAAGGUCUAAAGUACAUUCAUUCUGCUGGAAUUAUUCACAGGGACCUAAAACCAGGAAACCUUGCCAUUAACCAAGACUGUGGGCUCAAGAUCUUGGACUUUGGUCUGGCGCGGCAGGCAGACAGUGAGAUGACAGGCUAUGUGGUGACACGGUGGUAUCGAGCCCCAGAGGUCAUCUUGAGUUGGAUGCACUACACUCAGACUGUGGACAUCUGGUCUGUGGGCUGCAUCAUGGCAGAGAUGCUGCAAGGGAAACCUCUCUUCAAAGGCAGCGACCAUCUUGAUCAGCUGUCUGAGAUCAUGAAGAUCACAGGAACACCCAGUCAGGAAUUCAUCUCAAAGCUGCAGUCUCAGGAUGCCAAGAGCUACAUCAAGAGUCUCCCCAAAGUUGAACAGAAAGACCUCCAGGCGGUAUUCUCCAAAGUGAACCCGCAGGCCGUGUCUGUGCUGAAGCAAAUGUUAUUACUGGAUCCGGAGAGCCGGGUCACAGCCGGCGAGGCCCUCUCCCUGCCGUACUUGAGCGAGUUCAGAGAGCCGGAGGAGGAGACGGAAGCACAGCCAUACGAUCACUCACUAGACAACACAGACCUGCCCUUGGCCGACUGGAAACGUCACACCUUCACAGAGAUUUUGACUUUCAAGCCUCUGGUGCCGGACUCCAGGGAAACCUCACUAUAAAACCUGCAUGUUUUCACCCCACGGCGUCAUAUAUUGAUGCGUUGCCAAAGCACUGAUACUAUAUGAUGUGCAAGGCACCCUGUGGCGUCUGCAUGACAUGACAUAGUGGGUGUCCCCUAGACUAAAGUGUGAGCCUUCCAGCCGGAUACAGGACUAUAGAUGACAUACUGGGUAGGUUUAGGUUAAGGUCAGGUAAUGGCUACCGCAGUGCAUCUCAUGCAAACGUCUCGGGUACCUUGUCAUGUAUUGACCCUUUGGCAAAAGUGUCGGUAUAGGACGCUGUGGCUCUUACACACAGUUUUGGUUUUCAAGACUUGGACCAAGAUUUGUUCUGGAUAAACAUAACUUUAAAAGAGAGCUACCAAGUGAUGUCUGUGAAAUCAUGCGAGGAUAUAUUUUUAUAAGAUCCAGCUGCUCUUUUUUUACAUCACUGGAUUUUCCACAUUUGAGCUGUAAUAUCGUAUGUCUAUUUCUCUGGUGUCUGUCUGUAUGUGGUUUUUUAUGCAUUUUGGAUUCCAAAAUUGUACUUUUUUUUUCUUUAUUCUUUCAUUUGUCCUUUCCAAUGUUUGUCAGGUUGAGGGCUCGGUUAUUAUAUAAGUUCAUU